AUGUCGUCGACGACAGCUCCGAGUAGCUCCACCCAGAAGCUCGCCUCUCCGGGAUUCAACGCCGGCGCCAGACCAUACAGGUCACAUAAGGUCAGGGCAUGUGAUCUGUGCAGGAAGCGCAAGUCUCGGUGCACUGUGGAUAUACCCGGCCAGUCGUGUCUGUUGUGUCGCGUGCAGGGCGCCGAUUGCCACUACCAGGAGGAUUCCAGCCAGGAUGCUCCACUCUCAGACGGCCAUGACACCAAACGCUGGUCCGCAGAUCCGGCGCAAGUGUCGACUGUUGGUCAGAAGCGUAAGCGCAGCUCAGAAGUCGGCUCCCCGGCAAGUGGCAGCCGCCCACGGGCAUCCAGUGUUCCCCAGACAGACUCGGCCGGUGGCCAUCGAGGAAGCGAGUCCAGAUUCGAUGAUCCUCACAAUGAGUCUGUCCUCAUUGUUGGGCCUGUGGUGGCUGACGACGCCCAAGUAAUUGAAAAGUACAUGCCCACCGAGCGGACGAGCAAGUCCGUAGAACCGAAGAACAAUACGUAUAAUGUCUACUCGAGCGAUCCAAGGAAGCCCAUUUUGUACACGACGGUUUCGAGACGAAGACAGGGAAUGCGCGUUGGUAUUCCGCCGGGAGAGAAUCAGAAAGAAAUUCUGGAGCAGAUCUUAGGACCUUUCAAGCACGACCUAGUUAGACUGUUCAUUGACAGGUUCAACGCGGCGUUCCCCAUCUUCGAUGGAGAAAGCUUCUGGGAGGCUUUUAUCUCUGAGACUCCCGGGGACCCGCCAGCCUCUCUUUUGUGUCAGGUUUAUUCGAUGUCUUUAGUGUAUUGGAAGCACACUCCCAAGCUGGCGUGUCAUCCAAAACCAGACGUCCGUUACGCGGUCAAUAUGACCGUGGCCGCUCUACACGAGGAAUUCUCCGCCCCUGGUCUGUCUACCAUAAGCGCCGCCCUCAUUGAUUUGACCGGUCGCCCGAUCUUCUCCAUGACUGGAAAUGCGAUCAGUAGCGGCCGUAUGGUCUCCCUCGCACACUGUCUCGGACUCAAUCGCGACCCUAGUCAUUGGAAACUGUCCCCGGCUGAAAAGAAUCAUCGCAUGCGCUUAUGGUGGGGAGUGGUCAUCCACGAUCGAUGGGGGAGCUUCGGUCACGGUGUACCGCCACAGAUCGCAAAGAAUCAGUACGACGUCCCUCUUCCGACAAUCGACGUACUUAUACCACCAGCAUCUCGCACCCCUGAACGCGUCCGAGCCGCGCAUUGCCACAUCGCGCUGUGCCAAUUGACGGAGAUUCUGGGCGAGCUACUGCCCCUUGUCUACGGUCUUCAGCACCGAUUCGCGCGCGAAACCACCAAGAAAGUGAGACAGAUCCGGACGGACCUCGACGUCUGGGAGGACUCGCUGCCUGACUGGCUGAGAAACCCUCCACGUACCUCUGAGGGACGCAUCUCCGGAACCAGCAGUCUUCAACUAGCGUUUCUGGCUGUUAAGAUGCUAGUGAGCCGGGUGGAAUUGAACGAGGUGAACAACUCGGAGACCGAAAACCCGGAAGCACGCCGGUAUUUCCAGACUGAAUGCCGCAAAUCGGCGGAGGAGAUAGUACAAUUCAUCUCCUCUCUUCGCAAGGAGAAUUUCCAAGAAUUCUGGCUACCAUACAGCGCAUUCCACCUCACCACAACCGCAACGCUUCUCGUCCGCUGCGCCCUCGAAACCACCGACAGCGAAGUCGCGCGGUCCUGCCUCGCCAACGUCGAGACCUUCCGCGCCAUCCUGCGCCGCGUCCGCGAGGACGAGGACUGGGACGUCGCCGACAUGUGCUUGGACCACUGCGAACGGCUCCUCAGCCGCCUAGCGGCGCCCCCGGGCAGCGCCGGCGCCGGCGCCGGCGGCGGCGCGGGCGGCGCGUCCGACCACCCGGGGGCCACAGGCCGUCUCGUCAACCCGGCGGCCAUCUCGCUCCCCGAGACGCAGACCAACAACGACAUCGUCGACGACAUGAUGUCCAUCUCCGGCACGUUCGGCACCAUGGACGGCUUUCCCUUCGAUAUGACCGGCAUCUGGGACGUGUCCGUCUUCCAGGACGUCAACCUAUCGUAAAAGCCCGCAGAGAAAGAAAUCCUUGAACAAGGCAACAUGACCGUAACACUCUAUGUAAUCGACUACCCCAGGUUUCUCAUUGAUUUUUUUUGGGGAUGAUCACUACCAAAUCAUGCUCAUUUUUCAACGAGAGUAUAGAUACCCACCUCAUCCCUUUCGACUACUUGAUCUUUUUCCCCCUCUGUCUUUUCAACAAAAGAGUCGAAAGUGAGGGUGAGGGAGAGUGAAUGUGGAGGUUGGGGUGGAAGGAGGAAGGAGGGGAGAGGAGAGGCUUUCUGUCUUGUUUUGUUUUUGUUUUUUUUUAGAAUAUACCCAUUGAGGCAGUGAGUGCAUAGUUACUGCUGCUGUCGCUGUGUUGCGGGUUCUUUCUGCUUAGAGAGAAGAAGAAUACUACAAACAUACAUACCUUUUAUGGC